AUGGACCCGAUGCUUCUUCUCGUCCUCAUGAGCUGCGCAUUCGACGAGGCUCAGCGAUACUGCCGGGACGUUUACACCGAUCUGGUGACUCUACGGGACCGGGCAGAAAUGGAGGAGCUCUUUGCUCUUGAAGACUUCACGUCCACUGAAUCUGCCUGGAUUGGACUGAAGUAUACGAGUCAACAGCAGUGGCAAUGGGCUCUGGCCGAUCAAGACUUUUACAAGGAAGGAGAAACGGAAUACAGAAACUGGGGGCCAGGAGAACCAACUAACACACCUGGUGAAUACUGUUCAGUAAUGGAUGAUCAGGGGAAUCUUCGUGACACGACAUGUCAGAAUAAUGAGCAGAAAUACAUCUUGGUUAAUGAGCUAAAGUCAUGGAGAGAAGCUCAGAGUUACUGUAGACAGUUUCACACAGAUCUGGUGAGCGUCAGGAACCCGGACGAGAACCUUCAGAUCCAGAAGCUCAUUCCUGCAGAAGUCUCAUAUAUCGGCCUUUACUGGGACGCUUUCGGCUGGUCCGACGGCGACACGUCCUCCUUCAGGAACUGGGACCCUAAUCAGCCGGAUGGAUCGGGAGAAUGUGUGGCUCAACAAUUACAGGAUCUCAGACUGUGGGACGAUCAGACGUGCAGCAGUCCCAAACCUUUCUUCUGCUAUGAGAUCGCAGUGUUUAAACAGGUUCUGAGAUUGGAGCUGGGAUCGAAUCAGAAUCUGAACGAUCCUGAUGUGAAGGCGACCAUCCUCCAGGAGAUCCAGCAGAGUCUGAUCUCUCAGGGAAUGUCAGAGAGCGCAAGCCUGCAGUGGAGACAGCAGCCGGACGGAAACAUCUUUCAAGAGAAAGCAGAGUCAUAA